ACCAGCUCCAGGGGCCUGUCUGAUCUUUCCUGUCUGAGAGCCACACACUGCUGAGGACAGAGCAGAGGAGCAGCCAAGGUGAUGGCAGCUGAGGCAGGGAUGCUUGAGCUGCCCUUCACCUGCGAUGAGCAGCUCACCCGGCGCAUGCGGCUGCGAUUCCAGAGCCUGCAGCAGAAGAACGGGAGGCCCCAGGAUGGUGAGAAGCUGCUGCGUCCCAACGAGCACAUCUACCGAGUGGAUUUCAUCCAGCAGCACAAACUGCGCUUCCUCCGCUGGGACGUGCAGCUGGACAGACCCGGGAAGGUCACGGUGACCGGCACCUCCCAGCACUGGACUCCUGAUCUCACCCACCUGAUGAAGCGGCAGCUGCUGGAGCCAGUGGGCAUCUUCUGGAAGAAGCUGGGGGCCAAGGAGGUGGAGAGCAAUGAGGCAGAUGCCCAGGAAUUUGGGGAGCGGAUAGCAGAAUUAGCCCAGAUCCGCAAGGUGAUGUAUUUUCUCCUCACUUUCACUGGCGGCCUCGAACCAGCUCAGCUGAAAGGCUCCAUUGUUUUUAAAGUCUGAUCCCCUCUUGCUCAGCUUUUCUCACCCCAGCUGUGCUUCUUUCAGUUCUUUGUUUCAUUUUUACAUCUGGGGUUUUUUUUUCUUUUCUUUUUAAUGAGAGACAGCACUGUGGUAAAGCAGAGAACAGCUCAGUGCUUCUGGAGCCCUUCAGCCCUGUGAAAUAUUCCCCAAAUGUGCUGCCCUCUCUCUAAAUGUUGGGGAGAAGGGGAACCAUGAGCUUGCUGCUGAAUUUGCCUGGAGUAUAAGACUGUGGGCUUGUGAAUUCAUCAGAGAUUUCACGCAAGAUCUUACUGGCUUGGAAAUACAAGGCUGCCCUAAGUCACUGUAGCAACUGCACACCAAAAACCCACUGGAAAAAUAAGUAAUCGCCAUACCAGAAAACAGCAGGGACCCCUGGAGAGAGUCCUGCUCUCUAGUUUGCAUCCUAGCCAUUAAAACAGGAAAGCUUGUUUAUGAUGGAGCUCCUUUCCUUGCAAGGUGCUGAGUGCUUGCAGGCUCUGGUGACUUGUGCUGCUGCUGUGGCUGCUUGGAAUCUCUGAAGACCAGUCCCAUGGAGAAUCCACCUUGCUGUGAAGCUGAAGUACAUGCACUUGGACUUGCUGUAUUCUGCAGAUUGUAAACCCACUGGACUAAUGGGGAGGUUGGACCAGCCUUUUCUGACCACUGCCACCGUUUCUUGCUGGGGGAAGGGUGGAAUUUGUUGGUCCAAGAUGGGUUGGAGCAGAUGUGUUCGUGUGUGUGUAUGGGCAGAGCCAGCAGCUCAGAGCAGCCUAGGCCAGCAAUGAGUCCUCUGCAGCAGAGCUAAUUUGUGCUUUGUUCUGUCCUUAAAGCACUCAUGAAAAUAUUUACUCUGAGAUGUCCAUGGGAGCCAUGAGCUGCAGAGCACUUUGCAAGCCACAGAGCAGGAACAUGGUGCUUCUGUCCCCAAAAAGCAGUGUCUCCUGCCCUCUAAAACAAAGGAAAGGGUGUCUGGGUGACCACAAGAGCAGAGGGGAGUGGCACAUUCGUAAGUAUUGGAACAGGAGAGUGUUUUGUCCCCAACUUGCCCCAUGACUGCAAGUAAACUACUAAGUUUGGAUGUUUCCUUUUCCUCCACCAAAAAGCAGAGAGUAGUUCAAUGAAGCUUCUUGAGACACACAGAUAGAAAAGUCCCUUGAAAGUACUAACUAUUAUUACAGUUGGUCCUUUGCCCAGAUUGCACUCAAAUGUGUGUGAGUAACUCCUCAAGGUGUGGCCUGACAUCAUCCCAAGACGAGAGGGACAGAGCAGUGAUGGGAAAGCCAGGCCAAGGUGACUUUGUACCUGUCAACUUAUGCAGACCAGCCCCAAAAGAGUCUGACCUCUUCUCCAAAAUCUCCAGAACCCUAUGCCUUCCCCAGCCCAACAGUACUGCACAAAAUGAUAUGCACAGAUUAUGCCAGGCAGAGAGGAGAAAGAAAGCAGAAGAUCAGCUACUGGCUGGAGAGAUGGUGGGAGCUCUGAGUCUUGAUCAAACCCAAAGCUCAGCAACCAGCAAAUCCUACAGCCAUGCCAUGGCCAUUGCCAGAGAAGUUGAUGUCUUUGUUUAGACCCCAAGAAAUGCUGGACUUGGUGAGUGGAGAGAAGAGUGGAUGCAUCCCUGCUUGGCCAAACACACCUCUAGGGUCCUAGCACACUCUUCCAUAGAAGACCCCUCCUUGUACAUCCCAGAGCAGAGUUCCUGAUUACAAACCACUUCAGACAAAUAACAAGAGCCACUGGCAACAUCCAAAGAGUUUUUUUGCAUGCUGAGUCUCACAAUAUGCCACUGCUACAUUGCUAGGGUAGAGUUCUUGCUGCAGGUAUCUCACUGGAUAUUGGUGUACCACAGUAAAUAAAAGCCUAGGCAAUGGAUUCCCCUUAAGGACUGGGGCUGUUUGUGUCUUCUGCAUGUUCCCUUUGGAAGCUUCAUGUUCCCUUUGCA